UCUUCCGCGUGGAGGUGGGUCUUAGGACGGCGGACGGUUGGAGUGUUUGGGUGCUGUAGCUGGAGGCUGAAGCUCAGUUCGUGGUGCAGAGUUGAGCUGGUCGCCCGACUCACUGGUGAUUUUGAGUGUCAGCGUCCACGCAGAGCUGUCACGGGUUCUACGUGACGGCGCAGUUCGGACCAUGGUCGUCCUGAGAGGAAUCCCUUCGGCCAUCUCGCCAGAGCUGCUGUACGCGCUGGCGCGGAUGGGCCACGGCGACGAACUCGUUUUUGCUGAUGCCAACUUCCCUUCUUCUUCCAUUUGCAAAUGCGGUCCAGCUGAGAUAAGAGCUGAUGGUCUUCACAUUCCUGAACUUUUAGAGGCUGUACUGAAGCUCUUCCCCUUGGACACUUAUGUCCACAGUCCAGCAGCGGUCAUGGACCUGGUGGACAGUGACAAGCAGAGAGGGCUGGCCGUGCAAGUGUGGGAGACCUACAGCAGGAUUCUGAAGGAAGCGGGGUCUGAUAAACCUUUAGAAAAGGUUGAGAGGUUUGAAUUUUAUGAGCGAGCCAAGAAGGCCUUUGCUGUUGUGGCAACAGGAGAGACCUCUCUGUAUGGGAACUUGAUCAUUAAGAAAGGCGUUAUUGCUGCUGAAGACCUGUGCUGAUGGCUGAAUGGAGCCUUUCCUGCUACCUGUCGAGCAGAAUGAAAUUUAGCCAUGGACCAAGGACGAAUCACAUUUGCACGUGUGUGGAAGUUCAGGGAUAGCUAUCAUAGCACAAAAUUAGAGCUUGCAGUAGUUUAUACUGAAAAAUCAGCAGGUGGGGCCAGUGUCAGUCAUUUUCCUGUACUAUGUUCAGAAUAAUUAAUAAGAAAAACUGUCUCACACACAUUUUAAUGGCAUUUUUAUUUGCAUACAGAAUUACAACAUUCAUUGAGAUAAUAUUUGCAAAAGGUUGAAGAAGGUACAGUUACGUGGGUCACAUGUGGCUUGCUCUUUAUUUGUUAAACUGAUCAGCAAUAUUUGCUGAAUCAUUUUAUUUUUCGCCUGCAUAUUUUUUUUAACAUGGUGCAUAAUUUUCUCUACCACAUUAAAUUACAUGUAUAUUUUACAAUUAGGUAAAACUUGAUGGUAUUUUGUCCUGUUGAAUGGAACCUUUCUCACGUACACUUGGUUACAAUAAAGCCUCUCUUGUCUUGUCUAUAAGGCCCAGAA